AUGGAAUCAUCCAAGGUGUUUGAUAAGAGACAGGCUGGCUUUAGAAAAGAUUUUAGAACAUCUGAUAUCAUCUUCAUACUGCGGACUCUGAUUCAGAAAUAUAAGAAGUCUAAGAAGAAAUGGAUGUAUCCUGUUACGAAGGAAACUGAUUUGGGCCUACUCCGUUCCAACUAUGUCUUCCUGCUGAAAACACUAGAAGUGGAUGAUGUAGUAGCUUAUCUGUUUCAAGAAGGCGUCAUCAGCCAGAAACAGCGUGAGGAGAUUCAAGGAAAAACUCCACGUCGAGAGAAAUGUAUUGCUCUUCUGGAUGUCUUGAUGAGAAAAGAAGAGGCCGACUACAUAGAACAAUUUCUGUGCGCACUUGAUGAUCAGAAAAAUGUAAGAGACCGUCUCCGGCAGUCCAAGAACACGGAAGGCGUCAUCAGCCAGAAACAGCGUGAGGAGAUUCAAGGAAAAACUCCACGUCGAGAGAAAUGUAUUGCUCUUCUGGAUGUCUUGAUGAGAAAAGAAGAGGCCGACUACAUAGAACAAUUUCUGUGCGCGCUUGAUGAUCAGAAAAAUGUAAGAGACCGUCUCCGGCAGUCCAAGAACACGGAAAAACAGCGGUUGCUUGAUCAUACAGAUAUGGAAACUUCGGAAGAAAAUGAAUCAAGGGAUGAAGAUGAAUCAAUGGUUGAAGAUGAAGCAAAGGAUGAACAUGAAGCAAGGAAUGAAGAUGAAUCAAUGGUUGAAGAUGAAGCAAAGGAU